UGAAUUAUGAACUACUUUUAUUGCCCCAGCAAACGUUGGCUGCGGCAAAGACAAGAACUUGAACAGACAGCUCAAACACAAAGACACGGACGCUAACAAGAACAAACCCCUUACUUAAACCCAUUUCCCAGUCACUUGCUCCCUCUAUUAUCCAUCACAAAAUCCCCUCUUUUGAUGAUUCUGUGUUGAAAGUUGGAAACUCUGGAUCAUGGGUUGCUGUGAAUCCUCUUUUCUACCGGAAACCCACUCAGAAAAUGGCCAAACCAACCAGCAGCAACACCCCCACCACCACCAACCGCCGUCUGGAGGACCACCGGACCCGGCAACUAAUGAAACGCCGCCUUUCUCUGAGUUCUCGUUUUCUGUCCUAAAAGGAGCCACAAAUAACUUCAGCUCUGAUAAUAUUGUUUCUGAGAGCGGUGAGAAAGCCCCAAACCUUGUGUACAAAGGCCGCCUUCAGAACAGGAAAUGGAUUGCUGUGAAGAAGUUCACCAAGAUGGCAUGGCCCGACCCCAAGCAGUUUGCGGAGGAAGCAUGGGGCGUGGGGAAGUUGAGGCACAGGAGGCUGGCAAAUUUGAUAGGGUACUGCUGUGAUGAGGAUGAGAGGCUGCUUGUCGCUGAGUACAUGCCCAAUGAUACCCUUGCUAAGCAUUUGUUUCACUGGGAAAAUCAAACAAUUGAGUGGGCAAUGCGUUUAAGGGUGGCCUCCUACAUUGCUGAAGCUUUGGAUUAUUGUAGUAGCGAGGGCCGUCCAUUAUACCAUGAUUUAAAUGCUUACAGGGUUCUCUUUGAUGAGGAUGGGGAUCCACGUCUCUCUUGUUUUGGCUUAAUGAAAAACAGCAGGGAUGGGAAAAGUUAUAGCACGAAUCUUGCUUACACACCUCCUGAGUACCUAAGAAAUGGAAGGGUUACCCCCGAAAGUGUCAUUUACAGCUUUGGCACUGUCCUCCUUGAUUUGCUCAGUGGAAAGCACAUCCCUCCAAGUCAUGCUCUUGAUAUGAUACGAAGCAAAAACAUUAAUCUCCUAAUGGAUUCACAUUUAGAGGGAAACUUUUCUAUGGAAGAAGCAACAGUGGUUGUUGGUCUAGCCUCUCAAUGUUUGCAGUAUGAACCCAGAGAGCGGCCUAGUAUGGAGGACAUUGUCACAACACUUGCUCCACUGCAAACAAAACCUGAUGUGCCAUCUUACGUCAUGCUUGGAAUCUCAAAGCAGGAGGAAGCCCCAUCAACCCCACAACGCCCCCUUUCAGCAAUGGGUGAUGCCUGUUUACGCAUGGACCUCACAGCAAUACAUCAGAUAUUAGUGAUGAAUCACUACAAGGAUGAUGAAGGGACAAAUGAGCUAUCUUUUCAAGAGUGGACCCAGCAGAUGAGAGAUAUGUUGGAAUCUAGAAAGCGAGGAGAUUAUGCAUUCCGUGACAAAGAUUUUAAAACUGCCAUUGACUGUUACUCCCAGUUCAUAAACGUAGGAACCAUGGUCUCUCCUACCGUUUUUGCAAGGCGCAGUCUAUGCUAUCUCUUAUGUGAUCAAGCAGAUGCUGCCCUUCGAGAUGCAAUGCAAGCACAAUGUGUUUAUCCUGAUUGGCCCACCGCCUUCUACAUGCAAUCAGUUGCCCUUGCCAAACUGGACAUGCACAAGGAUGCUUCAGACAUGUUGAACGAAGCUGCUGCAUUAGAAGAGAAGAGGCAACGAGGCGGGAAGGGAUCCUGACAACACAAUAUCCAUAAUUAGCAAACAAUUCCACUUCCACAUACCAUUACCCAUUCUUGUUGAGGCAGCCCCAAGUUUGUGUAAAAAUCUGAGCUUGACAUUGAAUUUCAAAAUAAAAAAUUGUAUGACAUGGAACAAAACACCUGUUGUAUCAAUGCAUGCUUAUUUUUCUCCCCUUGUGACGGGAAUCGUUCCCCUGAUGUGU